AUAGUACGUUCCAGAGAAUUCUGGCCAACUUGCAGAGAAAACUGGGAAAACAAAGACUACUUCGUGAAUCUACGUAUUGACAAGGAAACGUUCUUGUUAAUAACCGAAAAAUUGGCACCUUAUAUUCACCGGGAAUCAACAAGACUGAGGCAAUCUAUACGUGACAAUGAGAGAGUAGCUAUGGCAUUAUGGAGGUACGAAACCGGAGACUCGUCUUGGACAAUCUCCUAGAUGUUUGGAGUUGCAGAGUCCACAUGUACAGAAGCAUGUCUUGAAGUAGUUUUGGUGUUCUAGACUCAUGAAGAGCUUAAAAAACAUGCUGAACUUUUUCAUAGAGGAUGUGGCUUUCCUAUGUGUAAAGGAGGAAGAAUUAAAACCCACAUCUCAAUAUGUGGUUUGUCUGGAAGAAGGAAGCUCUAAUGGUGUUUCAAAGGUUUUUUUUUAUUCUCUUGUGUUACAAAUAGUUGCUGGGGCUGAUUAUAGAAUUGUUGCAGGAACAAUGGGUUAUGCAGGAUUCAUGGUUAUCCCAUGAUUCAACAAUAAUGAAAAAACCCUCUUUCUGGAAAAACAGAGAGAACAUUUUUACACCUGGAGCAAGAGUUAUCGAGGGUGUAGAAGUCCCAUAUCUUGAAACUGGAGAUUCAGGUUCUCCAAUUACGAGGUCAAUGAAGCCUUACACACACAACUGA